CGAAAGUCGCGCGCAACGCUCGCUUAGCACCAACGCCUUUCCCUGUUCGUUGGGCCGCGCCACUCGAGCCUCUAUAAUUCGCCGAGCCUUAAGCCCACCACUAAAGAGACACCGGCACAGGGACACCGAAAUAAUGGUGGCGCUACGCGCCCACCAAGGGCUGUCUUCUCUGGUCCAGCAGCUAGAAGCUAUGACACUGGUUUCGGCUAUCCGCGCACUCGACCUCACAAAUUGCAUCCUUCUCGAACCAAACGAAUUGCCUCUACACAUCGGCAAAUGUACGGGACUCCGCAUUUUGCGGUGCGUCGCCUGCCCGCUCAGGCCGAGCGCCCUGAUCCGUUUAAUGCUGAAACGGCUUCCGCGUCUAAGAGAAGUUGAGUUCUCCCUCGUUGCUGAGACCGACGUGGACCCGGAAAUAAGGGAGGUGCACAACACCGCGUCGCAAGUGCCAGGCACCCUGGCUCUCAGUCUCCGCCGCAUGUACGCCGAAGUGAGCGGCGACCUGAACUUCAAGCUCCUCUCGGCGCUCCUGAGCUACUGCCCUAAGCUGGACGAGCUACGUGUUCAUUUCGUGCGCGGAAACUUCAUGAACGCGCUCCGGGAAUGCAACGCCAUCCUCGAACAGGGCGUGAAUUUGGAAACAUUCACGUUCUCUUCCGAGGUGCCAGCCUCCAAUCAACGCCUGCCGUCCACACCUUUGGACUUCACGAGCUGCGCGGCCGUCUGCGCCAACGUCAGCUACCAGAGGUCGAGCAACCUGUGGAACUGUGUUCUACUCCGAGAUCUCGCUGUCGGGUACACAAAUCCCCUCCAUUUGCCGCAACAGCUGGUCCUGGUUGCCGUCCACCACGCAGAAGGCUUCACGCCGCUAUGGAUUGGCCAGGCCGGCUUUGGACACUUCUGGACGAACGUGGGGCAACUCUGCCUUCUGCUAUUUCCGGCACAGCCCUCCAAUGGUGUUUACGCGACGGCCGGCGCCGCCUACCGCGACAGUCUUCGCGACUUCAUCUCCGCCAAGCUCCAGCAGGUCGUCGAGCUUAACAUAAGCGCUUUCCACUUCGGACCCGACCUCGACUUGACGGCACUGCUAGAGGAAGGCUCACUGCGGCAUCUGCAAUCCCUCUCGGCGACUCCUUGCGGGCUUCGCCGCCCGUCAGCUAUGCGCCGUCUGGCGCAGAACUGCCCGGACUUCCAAGAACUGGACGUGCGCUUCGAUAGGCGGGGCAGCUUCGUUCGGUGCGCCGUCUGCGAGGGUGAAUUCUACCUCGAUCCCAAAGACAUGCCGGCAAUGUGCGACCGCACCCCCGUGUUUCACAAUCCGCUUACCAGGCUGACUCUCAGUGACGUGCAUGGCCGUAUCUCCCUUUGGUUCAUCGAGACGUGUCGAGCGAUUUCGGUGCGGCUAUUAGACUGCCCCAAUCCGUCGUACCCAGACUACCCGUCUUUGGGUCAGCUGCUCUCCAGAAACAGCUCGCUGAGUUGUCUCGUGCUUCGGCACGAUGCCCUGCCCUUCGGCGAGGCGUGUCUGCUGCAAAACAUCUCCCGCGUCGGCCGCCUGCAGUACCUGUGCCUUCUGUCAGCGGCGCCAUUACAGGACAAUGACGCCGAGGAAUCCAUGCUGACGUUCAGCAACAGCCUGAAGCCUCGCAUAAAGUGUGUACACGUUCACUACCGAAGCUCUACCGACGGCAUCGAGAAGCGGAUCACGUGGAUGAGGCGGGCUGGCGCUCCAACCGGUGGCGUCCUGGUUCGAGACGGUCCCUGCUUCCUGUACUGUUCGACGGCCACGUUUAUAGGACUCGCCAAGCCGCUGAAUCGCGACUUCAAACAGAUCAUGUAGAUGAAGGUACGGCCGAGACGUAAUACUGUGUCAUAGAUACGCGUAAAAGUGCCUACAAUGAUACAGCUUCUUUGUUUUUUUUUUUUUUUUUCAUUGGUAUCUUCGAAUAUGUAUGCCUUAUCCUUUGUUUAUUUUUCUUUCUUCACUCAGUGUCUGAAAUCGCGCUAACGGGGCCCUGUAAGUCUUCUUGAACUCGUUAAAUAAAUUGCGCUACAUGUGAGACAAUGCUUCCGCAGCGCGUGAGCCAUAUAUUGCUCAUACCUCAUUUAGCGAAUAACAAACAUUAUUUUUGUUUCUUCCUACUUUCGGCUAUCUGUAAAUAAAUAAGAUGGAGGCUCCUAAGUAUGCCACUUUCAUAAGUUCUCUGUGUCUUGGUGGUCAUGACUGCCCGGUUACCAGUCUCUGUUGAUCGGGCAGUCAUUGACGCCGCAUCUAAUCAGUGCUCUCUAGAUUCCUUUUCAGGUAUUUACCAUACAGGCCACUUGGGUUUCAAACAGCCAUUCAAGGGGCACGGACAUCAUUGCACUAUCAUCAUCAUCUCCUUCCCAGACCUACAAGGGCACUUAGCACCCCGACCUUCACUAUUCACUUUCUUUUUCAAAUGAGGACACAAUAAACGCUCUACGCGAGGACCUUGUGCCCUUGCUGAUCACGUUUUGGGAUACUAGCGGUUACCGUGCCCACAAUUUUUUUUUCCAAUUGGCUCUUUAUAUGUUCAAAACUGCGCUUUGGAUCUUUUCCGACCCCAUUUCAUUUAUUUUAGAUUGGUUUAAGCCUGUUAUUGCAUUAGUAGGAACGGGCUUCUCCCUCUAUUUAUUUAAUUUCUUUUAUGUCACAAGAGGGAGCAGACCUCGAAAAAAGGCGUGACGGCCUGCCCAGGUGGCGCUGCGGAAGCGCCAGUCAACAGAGCCCUCCGU